AGAGAGAGAGAGAGAGCAAUUGAGUCUGAAAAGUUUUUCGAUAAUUAAUAGAUAGAUCCCCCCUAUAAAUUGCGAAUCGGUAUAUCUGAUUGGAUCCAAUAUGAGUCUAAAAUACCGUAGAGACGUUUCCUUCAGUUUAGCUACGUUUUUUCUAAGGGUCGUCGGCUUUUGGUUGGCCAGCACUCGCUUCGAGGAAUGGUUCGCGAACGCAACAGUGAUGUACAGUAUAAUCACUAUCAUUUUUUCCAUGUGGGUACAAAUGAGAGGUCUUUACUUCUCUUGGGGAGACUUGAGUGUAUGCACUUUCAUCGCGUGCAAUAGUUUGGGACUAAUAAUGGAUUUAUUAAAGAUAUUCGUCGUAUUUAUACACAAGAAGAAGUUUCUUGGUUUGAUCGCAUACAUGCAGAAGAAUUUCUGGCGUUUGGAUUACGAUCAAUAUGAAAAUUCUGUUAUAGCAGAUGCGAAGCAAAUGUGUAUCUACUUUGUCUGCGUCUUCUCAUUUUUCUCUCAGUCCACGGUUUUUUCUUAUAUGUUCAUGCCGAUAAUAUCAAAUAUUGGGAAGAAUGAAUCAGAUAGGAUGCUUAUAUUUAAUAUGUGGCUAGAUCUGCCAGUGUCUAUGUCGCCAUAUUUUGAAAUAAUUUACGUGAUACAGGCUUUGUGUUUGUAUCAAGUUGGAAUAUGUUAUCUUUGUGUCGACAAUAUGUUUUGCAUUAUGUGUCUACACUUAGCUAGCCAGUUUCGUAUAUUACAAUAUAGGCUAGCCAAUGUGUCUAGUGUAGAAGAUAAAGAAGGAGUCGAUAAUGAGGAAAACAUGGAUUCUUCGAACAAAUAUUACGUCAUAUUAAAAAAUUGCAUUCGACAGCAUCAAGCUCUAAUUCAAUUCUCCGUCACUCUCGAACAAAUAUUUACAAUAAUUACACUUGGACAAGUUUUAAUAUUUAGCACGUUGAUUUGUUUCGUCGGGUAUCAAGUACUUUUGGUGAAUAUGACUUUUUCAUGGCGAAUUUCCUUCCUAUGUUUCUUAAUAACGAACAUGUGUCAACUAUGGAUGUUCACCUACAGUUGCGAUUCCAUGACACGAGAAAGCGUGAAUGUUGCCUCGGCUGUGUAUUCUAUACCAUGGACACGUAUACCAAUGGAUAAAUUUGGAAAAAUGAUACGAAAAGAUUUGCAAUUCGUUGUCGUAAGAUCUAGACGUGCUUGUUGUCUAACGGGUUGUGGCUUCUUUGAUAUAUCUCUUGAAACUUAUACGAAGGAAUGUAUCUUUUCUAUGUGCAAUAUGCUGUCGAUAGCCGCACCUCUUUUGAAACUGAUCACUCUGGUUGUGCAUAGGGAAGAUUUUUUUUAUUUGAUUUUAUAUCUACAAAGAAAAUUUUUACACGGAGAUUACAACGAUUACGAACGAAACAUUGUGCUCAACUGUAAACGGAAAUGCAUGUUUUUCACUUGUUCUUUGACUUUUACCACUCUGGCGACCGUUGUUUCUUACGUUAUUAAUCCACUUGUUGCAAAUAUUGGAAGAAACGAAUCGGACAGAGUGCUUCCAUUCAACAUAUGGAUUGACUUGCCACUAACUAUAUCUCCAUACUAUGAAAUUACGUUCAUUUUAGAGGUGAUAUCCUUAUAUCACAUUGGAGUGAGUUACUUCUGUUUCGACAACUUUUUGUGCAUUAUGAAUUUACACGUGGCUGGACAAUUUCAAGUGUUGCAAUAUAGAAUUUCCAACAUAAUAGAUUCGAUAGAUAAAGAGAAACAAGAGAAAAAGGAGAAAUUAAUCGUGGACUCGUGCUAUUUUGCAAGUAAAUAUUAUGCCAUUUUUAAAAAGUGCAUUCGCCAACAUCAAGCCCUUAUAGCGUAUUGCAGAAAACUUGAAGAGGUAUUCAAUUUGAUUGUCCUAGAGCAAGUUUUGAUGUUCAGCAUGUUAAUUUGUCUCGAUGGAUAUCUAGUACUUAUGGCAAACACAUCUACCACAACACGUUUGAUCUUUGGCCUUCACAUAACGGUAUGCUUAUGCCAAUUGCUGAUGUUCACUUACAGUUGCGAUUGUAUCAUACGAGAAAGUUUGAGCGUAGCCACGGCAGCGAAUAGAGGACCUUGGCCAAUGAUACCAAUGACAACAAGCGGAAGAAUGAUGAAAAAAGAUUUGAUACUCGUCAUUAUGAGGUCUGGUAUACCUUGUUGCUUAACAGGUAAAGGAUUUUUCGUCGUGUCUUUGGAAACGUACACUAGUGUUUUAAGUACCGCGGCAUCAUAUUUUACACUAUUAAAACAGCAUUCAGAGGCACAUUCUUAAUAUGUAUGUUUCAAUAGUGCAUAUUGUUGCUGUACAAAUCCUUGUAUUUAUUCUAUGUUUAAAUAACAGAGAUAUAGUUUUGUAGCAAUAAAAAUUUAUUAAUUUUUA